AUGAGCCAGGUUGGACGUCCGCACACGCCUUACGAUUGGAGCGCUGGCGUGCGCGUGCGUGUGCAGCGCGCCUGUCAGGCGCCGUAUUUCAGCGUCUUCCGCGAGGAGAACACGCGUCAAGCAGACGCGGUGUACGAGGGGCGCUUGGGCCGCGCUGGCGCCGGCGCGUAUCCAGCUAUUCAAGACGACGGGCUGCGUCUUUUGUAUUUUCCUUACAGAAAUGCGGCGCCUGUGCACUGCACCACGGCGGAGGCCGCAGGCGUGGCAUCUGAGACGGUGACGCUGGUCGGUGCCACUGGGACGAUGGGCAAGUUCGUAGCAGAGCAGUACCUGCGCCGCGGCGUUAGUGUGACAGUGCUGGCACGCGAUAUCGAAAAAGCCAAGUCACUUUUUUUGCCGAUUGCAGAUGGCCAGCGUGAAAAAAAGCGGUUGGCGUCCAUGGGGUACAGGCAGCUCGGCGGUGCGGCGGAGAAGCGGGAGCUGGCGGGGUCUCUCCACUACAGGGACUCUCGGCGGGAGGGCCGCCACGUGCUGCGGUAUGAGUUCCGCAACUUGCGGAGUGUUGGGGGCCCCAGCGCCAGCAGCGCCAAUGUCAGUUGCGACCAGCGUGUCGCCCUGGAGCUCAUCGAGGGCGACGUAGGGUCCACGCAGGACCUCGAGUUUUCGAUGCGGCACUCAAGCGUCGUAUUCUACCUUGCCGCUGCGCUUGAAGAGGCGUCCGGCCCGGGACUGCGGGCAGGCGAUUGUCUCAGCUCCUCGGCUGCAUGGUGGAGCCCCGGGUCGUGGUUUGGGAGCGGCCGACGUUUUGGCGGUUUCUUGCACGCCCUCGACGCCUGUCGCCGCGUCGACGCCCACUUCGUUGCCCUGACGCCACUGUGGGUGCACGGGUCGUGUUUAUCGCCGCUUUACUGGUAUCGCCGACUCCUGUCGUACCCACGCGGGUACUGCAAGGCUGUGCAGCUGCAGGAGCAGACGCUGCUUAGUCAGAGCGGUAGCCCAGGUGCGCGCUGCAGCUUGGGGGCAGAUGAGCUGGAGGAGCGGCAGCCGGGUGGGGACUGGGGCUUCUGGUGGCGCAGUCGCUUCUCGACGGAGCUACUGGCCGACAUUCCGAUACAGUUGCGCAGUCCAGUGCGCUUUUCACUUUUCCGUCUCUCUGACGUUGUCUUUCCAAGCUUCAACGAGCGCAUCGUCGCUUCCAAGAACAAUCGCAUCGACGACGACCUUCACGUCAAGUCCAUUCAGCAGGGCGAUUUGGACGCGCGACUGCUGGCAAACGUCUUGGUGAAAUCCAUUGGGCUGUGCAACUCCGUUGUCGAGAGCCGCAUCGACAUGGGUGGACGCUUGCGAGGCGGCACUGACAUGCGGGACGCCAACGCUAUCUUCGAUCUCUUUGAGCAGUUACGAAAUGAGUAG